GAUUACAAGUCCUGCGCGCGGAAAGUAUACCCUCAGAUAUAGUGGGCUUACUCGGUUUCCGUAGAUUUUUUUAGUGGUUCGUGACGCACUAGCGCGGAACGGACAGGUUAAUUUUGACAGGCAAGAUGGCGACUUCGGAGCCGGUAAGCGAGAUUGAGAAUGUACCUGAAACAGAAGAGCCCCAACCUGAAGUUAUCCUCACUGCACCACCUGUGGUUGCUGGUUCUCAGCAGUACAUCAAACACCCCUUGCAAAAUAAAUGGGCCCUGUGGUAUUUCAAAAACGACAAGAGCAAAAGCUGGACAGAGAACCUUCGUCUCAUCGCAAAGUUUGACACAGUGGAAGACUUCUGGGCAUUAUAUAACCACAUACAGCAGCCCAGCAAGUUGGGCUUCGGCUGUGACUACUGCUUAUUUAAGGAUGGUGUGAAGCCAAUGUGGGAGGAUGACAAGAACAAGCUGGGUGGGAGGUGGCUAAUGACCCUCAGCAAACAGCAGAGACAAAUCGACCUCGACCGCUACUGGAUGGAGACGCUGUUGUGUUUAAUCGGUGAAUCGUUUGACGAGGCCAGUGAAGAUGUGUGUGGAGCGGUGGUCAACAUCCGACCCAAGGGAGAUAAAAUAUCCAUCUGGACCGGAAACUGUCAGAACAAGGAAGCCAUCGUGACAAUAGGACAACAGUAUAAAGAGCGCCUGAGUAUCCCCAUCAAGCUCCUGAUUGGCUACCAGUCACAUGACGACACGUCUAGCAAGAGUGGUUCCACUACCAAGAACAUGUACUCAGUCUGAUCAACACCUACCCCCAAUCUCAGCUCAACUAUCAACUCCCUUUAUCACCAACCCAUUAAUACUUUUCAGUUGUCAACUGCUGUUAGUGUCCUUCCUUUUUACAGACGAGAGAAUUGUUGAAACGUAUAUAAAAUUAGAGCUGCCUCCCUGACACCCGAUGGACCGGCUGGCUAACCUCCGGUUCUUGUCGGGAAGAAGAGGAAAGAAAGAAAGGACAGCGUCAGCUGAAGCUGUUGGGAUUUGAGCUAGAAGAUCGUUAAAUUAGUUAAUUUUAGAAUUGGAGUAUAUGUGACUAAUAAUACCAGUGGCUUUCCCCCUACUAACGUAACUGAGGAGAAGGUCUGUCGUUUAUGGCUUGAUUAAAAGACAGACAACUUUCUUAGCUGUAAAACCUUUUCCUUUUCUCAUACAGAGUUUAUGAUCAUUCCCUGUUAUGAAAAGUGUUUCUCACCAACCACCCAGGAUAGAAAAGUAGACGAGAUUCAUUCAUUCAGCAGAUUUUAAAGGGCAACCAGCGUUUUAACCUUCUUUAGUUGGAGGUGUUUGGCAUGAGAAGGGAUUGCAGAUGCACCUGUUGCAGAAAAGACAACGGUACCUUAAUUUGUUUUUGUGUAAAAGAAUAGUAGCGGUAACAGAAGAACGGCCACAUAUAGUUUCAGCCAUGCUGGGAUUGUGGAUCCUUUGCUUGUAGAACUAUUUUGAACUUUUGUUUCCCUUACGUGCAUUUAUGAUAUAUGCAUUGCAGUUGAACUACAUAGUUGGAGGACAACCAAGAAAAAGAAACUUGAGUUCCUUACAAUUUUUUGUUUUUGAGGAGGUUAACGACAUGGACUACUGCUUAAUAAUAUAGAACAUUUUUUACAGUGUAUCAUACUAAGUGAAGAUGCCUGGACAAGUUUUAGGUCUGCUUCUUACCGUUUUCUUCCUAACAAACUGUAGAACAUUUCGCACUACUCUGGGGCCUGUGCGAGUGGAGAAAAAAGGAUAUCUAUCCAUCGUGAAAUGAUUUAGCUUAUAAUGUAUCUUUAUUAUCUGUAAUUCCAGGAUGUAUAUUACCUUCUUUCAAGUAAAGGUUAAGUGCUUUGCAUUAAAACCAGAACCACACGG